AUGAAUGAAAAAUUAUAUUAUUAUACAAAGUUGCAAGUGCAUUUCGGUGGUGAUAUUCAAGAAGUUGUACUGAAAACCCAAAACGAGCCAACAUCAGAUGAUUUAUCAAGAUCGUUGCAACAUAAUUUUCGUAUUCCAAUCGAUGAACAACGAAUCUACUAUCGAGGACAACGACUCCAUAAUCAUCCCGAUUAUUUGUUAAGUAGAUAUGGAAUAUUCAAUGGAAAUACAAUUAAAUUAAUUGGAAAACGUUCCCAUACGUAA